AAUCGCUGGACUGUUAGAUUACUGCAGGAUCCCGCUCUGCUCUCACAUUCCAGCAUCCUCACAUCUCUCAUUUAUACAAAUCACAACCCCACGCUUUCUGUUUUAUCGGUUAGUGCACGUUAGUGGUAGAAAUCAGACAGGAGAAGAUGCUGGCUUGUACCGAGAUGAUCACGAUGUGUCUGCAGUCGGCGAAGCGAGAUUAUCUGCGCUCAGAGCAAGAGCAGCUGCAGCGCAACCACGGACUCAACAUCUUCCACGACAUUUUCCGUCGUGCAGAUAAAAAUGAUGAUGGCAAGCUGUCCUUUGAGGAGUUUAAAACAUACUUUUCUGAUGGGAUUCUUACAACCGAAGAGCUUCAAGAGCUGUUCUACUCCAUUGAUGGACGACAGACAAACAACCUUGAUACAGACAAGCUAUCAGAUUAUUUCUCUCAUCAUCUUGGGGAAUAUCUCAAUGUCCUCUCAGCUUUAGAGAAGCUCAACGUGGCCAUUCUAAAAGCAAUGGACAAGACUAAAGAGGAAUACCAGGGUUCAUCUGUGCUGGGGCAGUUCGUGACACGUUUCAUGUUGAGGGAGACAUCCAGCCAGCUGCUGUCUCUUCAGAUGUCUCUGCAAUGUGCCAUGGAGGCCGUGGAGGAACAGAGUAGCCCUGCACCGGUUGAAGUUAAGGUUCCUGAGCACCUCAAUGUACAGAAAAAUACCAGGAAAUGUGGCCGCAAAGUGCAGAAAAACAUGUGUCUCUCUCCUACAGACCCAUACUCGGGCAUCCUUACUACAGGUGUUACUGUGGAUACGGAUGAUCACUGGUCUUCUCAAAUCAACAGACUGCAACAGCUCAUCGACAAACUGGAGUGCAAGAGUCCAAAGCUGGAGCCACUGAAAGAAGACCCGCUGGCCAGCUCAUAUAACUCAAACAUUUUGCUGGUGCAGAGGCAGAUGACAGUAACGGAGGACAACCUCGAGGAGUUCCAGAAGGCCCUCAAAAGCUAUGCUGACUCAACCACCAACCAGAGUGAUAACCUUCAUGUGUCUAUCCAGAAGCUUCCUGAGAAGAGUUGCUACAUAAUAUAUGAGUUCUGGCAAGAUCGAAUUUCCUGGAUGAGUUACCUGCAGUCUGAAGCGAGCAAGACUUUCCAACGGUGUGUCAUAGACUUCCUACAGGAUCCUGAACUUGUCUCCACCAUGUUCAUGCCUGCAUCCUGGUGGAUCAUGACAAACAAUUAACCUUGGAAAACUGCAGUCUUUGAAGAAUUUGAAUCUGAAAUGACCCUACGUGAACGUGUUUGUCUGAGUUAGAGGGCAGUGAACUAAUCUCCACACAUGACUAAAAUAAUAAACAUUGCGGCUUUGUACUUGUGUUCCUUUACAAUUCUGUCCGUGUGAAACUGAAAACAAUAUUCAGGCAUGGUUUUACUCUCUCUAGCAUGUAUGGAAAAUCAGUGAUUCAUGCGCAAGCUGGUGGCAUCGCUUUCCAAACAGAAAUGGAAGGAAUGAGAUAUACCACUGGCUUGGCCUACUGCAGAUAGAUGUUUAUCUCUUGGGUAUCAUAUAACAAUAAUAGCUAUGUACAAUUGCAUGCUUAUUAACUUUUAGUUAAAGACAUAGUAGUUGAACCAUCGUCCUUACUCGCUCAAGGUUUCUUCAAAAUAAAUGUGUAAUUGUGUAGAUAGAAUAGGCCCUAUGUGGAACCCCGCUGUUCUGCCUUGUGUUUCCUCAGUCAGUAUGUUAACAUUACAAAGUUUCAGCUAUUUAUGAAUCAUUUAAGUAUUUUAAUGAAAUGCUAUAUACAGUACACAAAGUGACAUUAAAGGUAUUUUUUCUAUUGUUUUAUGAAAAAGAACAACAAAAUCUGUAUAUGUUUAAUGCUUGUUAAGUUAUUAAUUAAUGUAUUUGUUUAUUAGAGGUUUAUGUCCAUUGUAUUUAAGCAUAUGAGAAGAAAUAAAACUGAAAGACAUCA